GAGAAAUUGGAAGCGCAGACUAGACUGCCAUUGAAAAGCUCAGUAGCCGCAACGCACCCACGGCGACGCGAGAGAGAUAGGGGGAGAGAGAGAGAGAGAGAGAGAGAGGGAGAAUGCCAGGAAUAGGAUUGAAAACUCUACAAUUACUGAGUCGAUGUUCUAAGCAAAGGCAUGGAUUUCUCUAUUCUCACCAAAACAGAAGCUUUUCUGCUCUUCCGAGCUACACCCAACACGAUUAUCUUCAAGACCAGGUUUUAGUUGAAGGAAGGGCGAAAUCAAGAGCAGCAAUACUCAAUAGACCUUCUGCACUCAAUUCUCUCACUAGCUCUAUGGUGGCUCGCUUGAAUAGAUUGUAUAACUCGUGGGAGGAGAACUCUGAAAUUGGAUUUGUUGUUAUGAAGGGGAAUGAUCGAGCUUUCUGUUCUGGAGCUGAUGUUGUUACGCUUCAUCAGUUGAUUAAUGAAGGGAAGGUUGAGGAAUGCAAAAUUUUCUUCCAGACACUGUAUAAUUUUGUCUACCUUUUAGGAACAUAUCUGAAGCCGAAUGUUGCUAUCUUAGAUGGUGUCACGAUGGGAAGUGGGGCAGGUAUUGCACUUCCUGGAAUGUUUCGCGUCGCGACUGAUAGAACUAUUUAUUCUUCCCCAGAAUCUCAAAUAGGGUUUCAUCCUGAUGGUGGGGCCUCAUACUAUCUUCCUCGUCUUCCUGGCUACUUAGGUGAAUAUUUGGCUUUAACGGGAGAAAAGCUUAACGGUGUAGAAAUGAUUGCCUGCGGUCUUGCAACACACUAUGUAUUAAAAGAAAGGCUUCCCUGGAUUGAAGAACGGCUUGGUAAAUUGAUGACAGACGAUCGUUCUGUUAUUGAAAAUUCUCUUGCUCAAUAUGGGGACCUUGUUUAUCCAGAUAGGAGAAGCGUGCUUCACAAGUUUGAAAUGAUUGAUAAAUGCUUUAGUCCAGACACGGUUGAGGAAAUUAUUGAAGCUCUGGAAAACGAGACAACUGAGUCAUACGAUGAAUGGUGUGCUACAACUCUUAAAAAGAUAAAAGCAGCAUCUCCGUUAAGCUUGAAAGUCACUUUGAAUUCAAUUAGAGAAGGGAGAUUUCAAUCACUUGAUCAGUGCCUGGCACGUGAAUAUCGCGUAUCCCUGAACUGGAUUUCGAAACAGGUGUCUGGUGAUUUCUGUGAGGGGGUUCGUGCUAGAUUGAUCGACAAGGAUUUCAGUCCAAAGUGGGAUCCACCACGAUUGGAGGACGUUACGAAGGACAUGGUUGAAUCCUUCUUUGCCCCUCUGGGUGAGUUUGAUUCGGAACUAAACUUGCCAACAUCAAUACGAGAGCCUUCAGUUUGAUCUCUGUUUCCGACUACAAUUUCUGUAAAAUUUUCAAACUACAGUUUUAGAUUUGAUAGGAAGGCAAGAAACAAUAGCUUUUUGACCCACCCAACAGGCCAACACCAUUAAAGAUUGAGUUUUAUUGGUCAUAAAUUGGAGAGGAAAGAUACACUUUUAGUUAUUUAUAAUGAGAUUUUGAAAUUUAGUCAUUGAUUUUAGA